AUGCAUGCUGGCUUCAGCCCGUCGGCCGUCGAGGCGCUGCGCGCCGCUGUCGCCGAGCCCGACGUCUUCUCGCCGGACGAGUACGUGCGGUCGCUGCGCCGGAACCACGGCGACGUGACCAAGGCCGCGAUGCAGCUCAAGGCCAAGGCGAAAUGGCUGGCAGAGCACCAGCUCGGGAACCUCAGCCUCGCCAAGCCGUCGCUCCAGCGCGAGGCCAAGAAAGACUACCUCCACGUGCUGCACGAUGCCCACGACAAGUGCAAGUGCCCGAUCGUGCUCUUCAACCCGUCGCGCUUUAAACCCACGUCCGAGAGCGACAAGCUCGUGGCCGGCAACGAGCUCGCGAAGGACCAUGGCGGGCACGCCGAGGCGACCAGCACGUUGGAGGACGCCCGUCGGUACAUUGUGUACAUUGUGAGCCUUGCGAUCGAGCUCAUGGAAGACGAACAUGCCCCUGGCAUCGUGUACCUCGUGGAUCUCGAGCACGCGUCGUCGGCCAUGGUCUCGGAUGCGAGCUCGGUGCACCUCCAGCUAUUGCAGAUGCUCAAGGAGUACUUCCCCGAGACGAUCCAGUUUGUGUUUGUGCUGCACAUGGCGGCGAAUAGCCUCCUCAUGCGCGGUGCGACGUCGCUCUUGCUCAAAGGGCUCGGCGCACCUGAGGCGACGGCCGCCAAGGUGCACUUUCUCGCGGACCUGCGCGAGCUCCAGCACUACAUUGACGCGCCGAGUCUGCCAAACAAGUACGGUGGCCAGUACCGGCUCUCGACGCCGGCGCAGUGGAUGUCGGUGCAGGCCGAGCUCGAAGACGUCGAUCUGGACACGGUCGAGCAGGAAGAAGCCAAGACGUACAUGACCAAGCAAGCGCGCGAACUCAACGGUAUGCAAUAUGCUGCGUGCUCGGUCACCGACGUCGUGGAGAUGAACUCGACUGUGCUCCGGGGCACGCUCUAUCGCAACAAGAGCGGCCUCAGCUGGGUCAAGAUGUACGCGGUGCUCCGCCCGGACGCGCUCCUCCUCUACGAAGACAUGAAGGGCAAGAUGCCGAUGGUCAUCAUCCCGAUCAACGACGAGAUUCAAGCCAUGACGGCGCAGUUUGCCGACGCACCCCGGGGCACGUUUGGCUUCAAGAUUGAUGUGGUUGGGAUCCCGGGUGGCCACCUCUUGUGUGCAAGCAGCGAGAAGGAGCGCAGCAAUUGGCUCCAGGACAUCCAGAUGGGCAUCCAGACCUUCGAGGAGCAGCACGCACACGAAGUGUACGAAGAAGAGCGCAAGAUCGAGAUGGACAAGGCGUUUGAGAAGCUCAACAUGAUUGACCUCUCGACGGAUCUCCCACCCGUCGCGACGCCGGCCAGCCCCGCGGCGCCGACGCCCCUCAAGAUGACCGACCCGACCGCACUCCUCGAGGCGCUGCUGCCCAACCCCGGCAACGUCCACGCCGCCGGUAUGCUCAAGCCGAUGAGCCAUCCGCCAUACCCGGGGCUUCCAGGCCAGGCCCAACCUGGCCCGGCGCUCCAAGGUUUCGCGCAGCCGCCUCGCGGCCCGGGUAUGGCGCUCCUCAGCCCGGGUAUGGCGCUCCUCAGCCCGGGUAUGGCGCUCCUCAGCCUGGCUAUGGAGCUCCUCAGCCUGGCUAUGGAGCUCAGUCCGGGUAUGGUGCUCCUCAGCCCGGGUAUGCCGCUAUGCAACCUACUCCUCAGCCAACUCAGCCCGGGUAUGGCCCACAGCAGCCUGGAUAUGGACCACCGCAGCCUGGAUAUGGCGCCCCUCAACCUGGAUAUGGCGCCCCUCAGCCUGGCUAUGGAGCUCCCCAACCGGGAUAUGGCCUUGGACCACCGGUCCCACCGUAUCCGGGGCAUGGUCCGCGGCAAGUUCCGCCGCAGCAAGCGCCGGUUUUAA